AUGUGUUUACAGUUAAAGACAUAUAAUCAUUACACAAUUGUGUUACACAACUCUCCCGUUUUAAUUUACAGCAACGGUAAUAAAUAUGAUAGCGACGCCGACGCAUUCCAAAGUGAAUUAACUCUACCAAAUGGAAGGAUCUUAGCAAAGAAUGAAACGUUUAAUGCAGAAGAAGGCUUUUUCACAUUUAAAGAUGAAAACGAUAAUAAACUCCGAAGAGAUGAUUCACCAUACUUGAAAGUGUAUACUAAUAUAAAUGAUCUAAAUGAUCUAAGUGCAAAAUCGUUUAAAAUAUGGAAAAAAGUGGUUCAAAAUAUGAAAGAUCAUUUCUAUAAGGAAACAAUUAAAAUGGAUGACAGAUGGAGGAAUUUUAUGUGGACCAUGAUAUGGGAAAAACAUUACAUACAAAACGUACAUCGUAUAAUUAAUAAAGUUCUUCAAGACAUAAAUAAUCCAGUAACAAAAAAAGAAAAAAUAAUUAACAACUGGUUCCAAAUGUCUGAAGAAGACCUUGAAAUUUUCCUCAAAUGUGUUAAGGAACUGUGGCAUAAGGUGGUUUCGGAUAAACACAAAAAAGCCGUCCAGGGUGAGCAAACGAUGAAUGAAGAUGCCAAAAAUGUGAAGAACCAACUCGACAAAUAA